AACUACCAAGGACCUCUUAACGAUACCUAUUCACCCCCCAAUGUUCUUCCCCCAGACGCCACUGUCGAUCCUUUAAGCGUUGCUCUCGGCAGAUUCUCCCGCCAACUCAUAACCCUACGUCUCUCGGCUUCUAUGACAAACGACUUCUGGCUGAGCCUAGAGUCCGCGUCAUCCUAGCCCCACAUGAGAGAAUUGCAUGUCAGUCCAUCCCGCGCCGCCCCAGACGGCAGAUGGCUACUGGACCGGGACGAUGUGAUAGCUCGAGACUUGGACAGAAAUCCACCAGUCGAGUCACCAUUCGAGGUCUUGGACAUGUCGGCCCCUGACGCACCUGCGCUCGAGGACCGGCCCUGGAAAACCUUCCGCGUGCGAGCAAGUACCGAAGCCACGCACGAUCUGCUGCUCUCUGCUGCCCAGGCAGCGAAGCGCAUGCCGGAGCUCAAAACCUGCCAUGUGGGGGUAACAUGUGGGCCGGGGGGCUUCCUUAUGGACUACUCGGCUAUGACAUCGUCUCUCGGGUUCAAGGUAGAUCACGGCUGGGAGCUAGAGGCUGAGAUGGAAGAGGCGUGGCGGGGUGCAUUUAGGAAACACCGAGGGUCGGGCAGCGAGUUGGACGUUCGCGUUGAGGCUCGGCCCCCUUCAAAACCUGAUCGAAGCAUCCCAUAUUACUCCUCCUACUAGGCUUACGGGGUGGGGUGGCUUGGAGCAGAAGGACCCCUUCGGAGGCGUAAUGGGAGAUAUACAUAAGUACAGAUCCGAACACUGAGUCAAAGACGCUUGCUCAUUAAUCGAUCUUAAUGGAUCUUGAAGGUUGUGAAGUCUAAAGUUUCCAACAAAUUAUAGACUUUCAGGAGGAUCAAAUUAGCAGUCUUGGCACAAUCAGGCUACCCGGUAAUAUUCAGCAUCUCUCCUCAUUGGGAAGAAUCUGUGCCUGCCAAGACCCAGAUACAAGGGAAUCCUAGUCGGAUAUUCGGCGCGAAGGAGCUGCAACCCUGCUAGAUUGCACCAUUGAGGGGCAGCAUUGCUUCAAGGCAAUAUCA